UGUGACCUCUGCUAUUCCACAGCAGUUGGACCCAAGAUGCUGGUCGACAUAUUUGACAAGAACAAAUCAGUUCCAUUCUUUGCAUGUGCUCUGCAGUUCUUGACCUUCUGUAUCUUUGCUGAUUCUGAAUGUCUGUUGCUGGCAGUGAUGGCCUUUGAUAGGUAUAAAGCCAUCAGCAACCCAUUGCGAUAUGCAGUAGACAUGUCCACUAAGGUGUAUUCACUGCUCAUGGCUGGCGUUUACCUUGUAGGCCUGACAGAUACUUUGAUACACACAACAUUAACAUUCCGCUUAUGUUUCUGUGGGUCUAAGGAGAUUAAUCAUUUCUUCUGUGAUUUACCUGCACUUUUCCUCCUUUCCUGUUCUGAUAUACAAAUCAAUGAGCUGGUACUGUUCACCAUUUUUGGAUUCAUUGAACUGAGUACCAUUUCCAUAGUCCUUGUCUCUUAUGGCUACAUCAUCUCAUCAGUCUUAAAGAUCCGCUCUGCGGAGGGGAGGCUCAAAGCUUUCUCCACCUGUACCUCCCACUUAACUGUAGUUAUAAUUCUCCAGGGCACUUUGCUCUUCAUGAAUUUCCGACCGAGUUCUGCCUACUCUCUAGAUGAAGACAAAAUGACCUCACUGUUCUACACCCUUGUGACUCCCAUGCUGAAUCCUCUGAUUUAUAGCCUACAGAACAAAGAUGUGAAAGUGAGCAUGAAAAAACUGAAAAAUAAAGUUUUAUUCUAA